GCACUAGCUAACGCAACCCCGGCUAGGACACACCGCUGCACGGGGCAGGAUCUACCCGUAAAUGUAUACGGUAUCUGUCGGCGAGUGUCUCCUCAUAUCCCUGGGGUCAUACUCCCGUGCAUGGGAACCGGGACACGUGGCCAGCGGGCGGAUAAACGCGCUUCAAGGUGGCGACAGACAAGGUUGCAGGAAAGCUGAGUUCUACUCUCUCAUGGGUGAAGAACUCGGUGUCCCACACAGUCAGUCAGAUGGCUAGCCAGGUGGCCACGCCCACAUCCCUGCAGACGACCACCACCUCCUCCUCCACCUCCCUGUCCUCACCUGGCCUCUCGCCAUCCUCUCCAUCGCUGCUCAGUCCUGACGAUGUGGAACUGCUCGCCAAGUUAGAGGAGCAGAACAGGCUGCUGGAGACGGACACCAAGUCUCUUCGCUCCAUGAACGGCUCCCGGCGGAACAGCGGCUCCUCGCUGGUGUCCAGCUCCUCCGCCUCAUCCAACCUGUCCCACCUGGAGGAGGACUCGUGGAUCCUGUGGGGUCGGAUCGUCAACGAGUGGGAGGAUGUGCGCAAGAAGAAAGAAAAGCAGCUUAAGGAUCUCGUCCGAAAGGGGAUCCCUCACCACUUUCGGGCGAUCGUGUGGCAGCUGCUGUGUAACGCCCAGAACAUGCCCAUCAAGGACCAGUACUCGGAACUCCUGAAGAUGACGUCGCCCUGUGAGAAGCUGAUCCGUAGAGACAUCGCUCGGACUUAUCCCGAGCACGAGUUCUUCAAGGAGAAGGACAGCUUGGGACAGGAGGUUCUCUUCAACGUCAUGAAGGCAUACUCUUUGGUGGACAGGGAAGUCGGCUAUUGUCAAGGAAGUGCAUUUAUUGUUGGUUUGCUGCUCAUGCAGAUGCCAGAAGAGGAGGCGUUCUGUGUGUUUGUCAAACUGAUGCAAGACUACCGGCUACGAGAGCUCUUCAAGCCCAGCAUGGCUGAGCUGGGGCUGUGCAUGUACCAGUUUGAGUCUAUGAUCCAGGAGCAUCUCCCAGAGCUACACAUACAUUUCCAAGCGCAGAGCUUCCACACCUCCAUGUAUGCCUCCUCCUGGUUCCUCACCAUCUUCCUCACUUCUUUCCCGUUGCGUGUCGCCACAAGGAUCUUCGAUAUCUUUAUGUGUGAGGGUUUGGAGAUCGUUUUCCGUGUGGGGAUGGCAAUCCUGCAGAUGAACCAGGCUGAGCUUAUCCAGCUUGACAUGGAGGGAAUGUUACAGUACUUUCAGAAGGUCAUCCCCCCCCAGCUGGAAAGCGGACCGGACAAGGUCAUCAAUGCUGCAUAUCAAAUUAAAUACAAUGCCAAGAAGAUGAAAAAGUUGGAGAAGGAAUACACUACAAUCAAAACGAAGGAGAUGGAGGAGCAGGUGGAGAUAAAGAGGCUGCGGACAGAGAACAGGCUCCUGAAGCAGAGGAUAGACACGCUGGAGAAAGAAAGUGCUUCCUUGGCAGAUAGAUUGAUUCAGGGACAAGUGACCCGAGCUCAAGAGGCCGAGGAGAACUACCUGGUCAAGCGGGAGCUGGCCACGGUCAGGCAGCAGCAGGAGGAGGCCGGUGCUCAGCUGGAGCAGGCCCAGAGCACCAUCAGGCAGCUCCAGCAGCAGCAGCAGCCACACGCGAAGGGACCGCCUCGGUUCUCUGAGGAGUCGGUCCUGCAGCUGGAGAAGGAGCUGGUGCAGGCCCGGCUGAAGGAGGCGGAGUCCCAGUGCGCCCUGAAGGAAAUGCAGGACAAGAUUCUGGACAUAGAAAAGAGAAACACGUCACUACCAGAUGACACUAACGUGGCCCGGCUGCAGGAGGAGCUGAUCGGCGUGAAGCUCAGAGAAGCGGAGGCCGUGACUGGGCUGAAAGAGCUGAGGCAGCAGGUCAGAAACCUGGAGGACCACUGGCAGCGCCACCUGACUCGCACCACCGGCCGCUGGAAGGACAGUCCCAAGAAGAACACGGUGAGCGAGCUGCAGGACGAGCUGAUGAGCGUGAGGCUGCGGGAGGCCGAGGCCCAGGCGGAGCUGCGGGAGACACGCCAGAGGAUGCUGGAGCUGGAGACGCAGAGUCAGAUUCACAGCAACCAGAUGCGGCGGGCCGAGCAGGAGAGCCGCGGUCUCCAGGAGCGCGUGCAAACUCUGACGGUGCAGAACAAAGAUCUGCAUGUGCAGCUGCAGGAGAUCAAGCGGAGACAAGCUGAGAUUGAAUGCAAGAGUAAAGAAGAGGUCAUGGCAGUGAGGCUGCGGGAAGCUGACAACAUCGCUGCCAUGGCUGAGCUGCAGCAGCAGAUCUCUGAGCUGGAGAUACAGAAGGAAGAGGGGAAGGUCCAGGGCCAGCUGAACCACACCGACUCCAGCCAGUACAUCCGCGACCUCAAAGACCAGAUAUCAGAGCUCAAACACGAGGUGCGCUGCUUGAGAGGGCAGAGGGGCCUGGCAGGGAAGCCCAGUUUUGACGGGAUCCACAUCGUCAACCACUACGUGGACGUAGACGCCUACCAGUCCUCAGACGACGAUGAAGUCCCCAAGCCAAAGAGCGGCGGACGCAUCAAGCUGCGGCCCAACCUGGGGGACGGGGACAGCGACAGCGAGGAGGACGAUGACGGGGAGGCCCUGCGGCUCUCCGUGCCUCCGAGCAGCAGCCACAAGUCCACCACCGUGUGAGCCGCGCGGGGCCCAGGCCGCCCACCCCGCACAGCAGGACGGGGGAGUCACUAACAGCCCUGUCACAGGAGCAGGCUGGAGGGAAGGUUGUUAAUUUCAGAAUGGAAAUUCAUCAUCAUUUCACGUCAUCUGAAUCCUACCGAUUUAGUUUGAUCUCUACACGUUUGUUUUGUUAGUUUGUUUUGGAGUGAGGUCGACACGGACCUUGGCGAAGCAUUAAGCAACAUGACACCUAUCAAACUGGACAUGGUCCCAGAGGGGGGGGGUCGCCCCCCCAGCCCUCCGCUUGGUACAAUACACAGACACAGACUGUGCAAUAAAACCCUCUUUUAUACUAUAUCACACACUUCAUCUAACGUGUUUUUAUACUUUUAAAGCGUUUUAUAAAUGACUAUCAGCAGUGUAUUGGUGCCAUUAUGAAAGCGUGUGUGUGUGUGUGUGUGUGUGUGUGUGUGUGUGUGUGUGUGUGUGUGUGUGUGUGUGUGUGUGUGUGUGUGUGUGUGUGUGUGUGUGUGUGUGUGUGUGUGUGUGUGUGUGUGUGUGUGUGUGUGUGCGUGCGCUGGGCGGAGCCUCGUAUCAAAGCUGCUCGUAUCAGCCAGCGAUGGCCUGAUCACUUCUGGGCCUUAAAUCAUGCUGCCCCCCCCUGAAAACAUGUAGAAAUGUAAAUGCCCCCCCUUCCCCAUUGUCUGUUUGAACUUGAAAAUAUGUAUCUGUUAUUAUCUGUCUGAUGUUGAGAUGUGUUGUACAAGAAUUGGGGGGAAAAAAGGGAGUUAUGUGGCCAAAAAAACCCAACAAACAACAACUAAGAUCCUGUUUUCAGGAGAAAUGGGAUGGAUUUUUGUCUGAGAAAAAGCGCCGGUCUCACUGCAUCACAGUACUCCGUUACGGGGACUUCAAUCACACAGAUCAAGUCCUUGUAGCCGUGACGACGGCUCAAACUGAAGUACAACCAUGUAACACUCGAUUGAGAGCGAAUGGAUCGAAGUCUGAGGGACGUGUCACCAAAGUGAGGGCUGUGAUCCACCAGGGAGCCUGACCUCCACCCCACUACAAGCUCAGGCCAGGACGGACGGAUGGACGAUUCACUUCUCAGUCUGAGAGAAGCAGCAUUUAGUCACUUUGACUAAGACACUGGUGUUGGUUGGCAGAGGGACACGCUGAGGCACUUUGUGGGUGUGCAGGGAGCACGGAGACACUACAGGCGGUGGCACUCUGGAGACACACAACUGUUCUGUGUGAUCAGUCGCAAUAAAAAGAUAUCUAUUUUU